AUGCAGAAUACCUUCACAUCGAGCAUGCUAAGAUCAAGACACAAUGCUUCGUAUGGCAGACUACUGCAGACGUUAGGCAGGGGCCAAAGGUCCCGUGGAAUGGCCACCUUCGAAGGAAAACCCAUGAAAAGGUCGAAUCCACUAAGACGUUUCGUGAUCCGCGCGACGAUAGCGGUAACCGGGUUUUAUGCCGGUGGUGUGGCUCUUUCGGUGAACAAUGACCAGUUUGGCGAACUUUUCUGUGACAAUGUGCCCUUAGCCGAGACGAUGGUGGAACUUUAUGAGUCCUACAGAGACGAAUCUUUCCAAGCGUCGCGGAUGCCUCUAGAGGAGCUAAAGCAGAAAUUUGGCGAGCUCGGAACAAAAACAGACCGCAUUCCCGCUCGCGGUGCCGAUUCCGUGUUGACCACGGAGCAAAUUGCCGCGCUACCUGCUACCCAGGAGGUCAAAAUUGAGGAUGAAACACUCGUCAAGCUCAGACUACCACCCUUGAACUUGAGGAGCCAAGCUGAACCCAGAACCAGAGAUUUGGUGCAGCUCGUCAAUGACAGUGUUCAAGAGAUCAAUGAGGAAUCCUUCAUUUUGCCAGAGGACGCCUAUAACGCCGUGACUGAUACGUAUGCCAAACUCAAUCACGCUCUCCAAACACUCAACGAGAACUUCCAAACAGACCUCUCCCAGUCCUUGGCGGAUAAGUAUGGACGUGCAAGUCAAGAUUUAUCCGAGAGCUACGAACUGAAGCUGAAAACUCGUGAAGUGGAGCUGACUGAACAAUUCUUGAAUGAGUUCAAUGCUUUCAAAGCCCAACUAGAGUCCCGUUCCUCUGAGGAACUAUCUUCUGCCCUCAAGGCCAAAGAGCAAGCUUUGCUAGCCAAACAAUCUAACGAAGUUGCUCUUUUGUCUAUCAAGCAGGUCGAGGAAUUCAACAAAAUUUUGUCCGAAAAGCUGGACCAAGAAAGGUCUGGUAGACUUUCUAAAUUGCAAGAGCUUGACAACUCUGUUCAGGGUCUCACCGAUGCCAUCGAUCAGGUCGAUACUUUCAUGAUGAAGAGUGAAGUUGUGACUCAGCUCAAUUUGUUAGCCACUGCUUUGAAAACCAAGCUUCAGUCCGGGUCCCAUAGCGUUCAGCUGGAUUCCGAACUGAGCAGACUCAAGACCCUAUACGAAAUUUUGCCAGGCAAGCCCUCCAAAUGUUGCAAGACAAAAGACCCACAAUUACUUGACAUCCUUAUCACCCAGCUAGAUUCGCUAGCCUCUAAGCAACAAAUUUUGUCCAAUGAACAGCUUCACAGCCGGUGGUCCCUCCUACAAAAAGACUUAGUAACUUCCUCCCUGCUACCUCCCAAUGCUGGUAUUUUGGGUCACACUGCCGCAAAAUUCUUCAGCUUCUUUGUACUCGACAAAAAUGGAACUCCUGUCGACAGUGACGUUGACAGUAUAUUUGCUCGCGUGGGUACAAACCUCACACAUUCAAAACUUGACAAGGCAGUUGAAGAAGCAGUGGCCUUGAAAGGCUGGCCUCGUGUUCUUUGCGACGAAUGGGUCCUUGAGGCUAGAAGAAAGCUCGAAAUAGAGACGCUUGUCGACGCUCUUGAUUGUGAAAUUAGAAGUCUAUGA